AUUUGUUUGCUGAAUCCAUCAACACAGAAGUUGGUUUUGUAUUGCUGCGCUGCGACUCGUACGAAACAUUUCUAAACGGAUCGUGCCAUGGAAACGACAGAGAACUUAUGGAGGACACAGUUUCGUUAAAUGCUACGUUUAGUUCAAGGACACAUUUCAAAGGAAAAUGAUUAAGCUCUACUCGUUGAUUUGCUUGACAUUGGUCCUGAUAAUAGACGGUUCCUCCGGAGUGUCCGGACUUGGAAUCGCAGAUGAAUCUGAACCAUUUCUUGAUGAUUACCAAAGAGAAGUUGCCAACGAAACUGAUCUUGUUGUUUACCGGCUCUUUACUAGAAAAAAUCCCAUAGAUUUUCAAGUGUUGAGGCUAAAUGAUGUAGAUUCACUGAUGGCAUCAAAUUACAACCCGAAUCUCCCGACCAAAAUUUAUGCUCCAGGUUGGGAUAACAACGGUUCCAUUGCGUAUCCGACAAGAGAUGAGUAUCUACUACGAGACGACUGUAAUUUUGUAAUCGUCUACUGGUCUGAUCUUCAAGCAGGAAAUACUUUGUUUAUAGUCCGCACCACCCAGAUAGCAGCAAAUCAUACAGGGGCUUUUAUAGAUUUUUUGGUUGAAAACGGAACGCCAUUACGCAACUUUCAUUUGAUGGGUCAUAGUGCAGGGACUCAUCUUGCUGGAGGAGCUGGAGCUACAGUUACUACAGGGAGAGUACCUCGAAUUACAGGUUUGGAUCCAGCGGAAGGUAGAUGGACAUUGAAUGAAACAGAUACCCGAUUGGAUGUCAGUGAUGCAGAAUUUGUCGACAUCGUUCAUACAAACGGAGGAGAUAUUUCAAAUGGAGAAAUUGCUUUCAUUGAACCAGUUGGCCAUGUUGAUUUUUAUGUUAAUGGAGGUCACAAGCAGCCCGGUUGUCAGGAUCCGGAUUACACAUGCUGCCAUCACUGCCGUGCUGUUGAUUUAUUUGCGGAAUCUAUCAACACGGAAGUUGGUUUUGUAUCACUGCGCUGUGACUCGUACGAGUCAUUCCAGAACGGCUCCUGUGAUGGAAACGACAAAGAGCUUAUGGGAGACACAGUUUCUUUAAAUGCUCGAGGUAUUUUCUAUCUGGACACAAACGAACAAGCACCGUGGGCUAUGGGAUGAAAAGACAAAACAACUUAAUUGUCCAUUUAUCCAUUAAUUUUAUUGACUAUUUGUCACUACUGUGUUGAAAUCGUUGCAUUUUUUUUUUAAUAAAGUAGAAUAAUUGUACGAACCCUUUAUCAAUUACCCGAUUUAUCAAUUGUUUUUAAUGUUUUAUCGAUUUUUUGCAGCGAUUACGUAUUGCGACUGAACCGCUGAAUAGCCACUGCUGAAUACGAAGCUGA